AAAUCGACACAACCCGUUGGAGCAAUUUCAUAGGUUUUAAUAAGCCAUGUUUAUAUAAUUAUUUUUUAAUAUAGUAUUACAGUGCUUCAUCUAACAUUCAUGAGCGCUGCUUUGUACGAGUAAAGCGCAUCCACACAUCUGUAACAGGAAAGAGUGUCCAAGCACACAGAAGAAAACUCCUGCUGAAGCAACUGAGAUCCACGUGACACACUAUUAUAAUGAUGGCGUUUAUUAAAGAGGAGAGUGAAGACGUGAUGACUGAAGAAACAUUCAGAGUCAAACAAGAAGACACUGAGGAUCAAACAAAGAUGGAGUUUAUUAAGGAGGAGAUCGAAGAGCUGAAGAUUAAAGAAGUGUUCAGUCUGAAACAAGAAGAUACUGAAGAACAAACAGACCUGAUGCCAUUGAAAGAGGAGAGUCAAGAUCUCAAUGAUAUGGAAGAAAAGGAUCAAUAUGAGAAACCUCAUCAGUUCAUGAUUGGAGAAAAAUAUUUUAGUGACUCAAAGAUUGAAAAGAUGUCCUCACAAAACAAAGGAACUAGAAAGAUUGAAGGCCACAUGAAAGUUCAAACUGGAGGGAGCCCUUUCACUUGCCAACAGUGUGUAAGAAGUUUCAGUCACAAAAAAACCCUUAAUAGGCACAUGAAAAUUCACACCGGAAUGAAACCUUUCACCUGCCAACCGUGUGGAAGAAGUUUCAGUGACGAACAAACCCUUAACAGGCACAAUGAAAUUCACACCGGAGAUAAGCCUUUCACCUGCCAACCGUGUGGAAGAAGUUUCAGUGACGAACAAACCCUUAACAGGCACAAUGAAAUUCACACCGGAGAGAAGCCGUUCACCUGCCAACAGUGUGAAAAGAGAUUCUCUGACAGAAGAAACCUUGAUGCCCACAUGAGUCUUCACACUGGAGAGAGACCUUUCACCUGCUCUCAGUGUGGAAAGAGUUUUAUACAGAAAAAACACCUUAAUUUUCACAUGAGUAUUCACUCUGGACAGUUCCUGGACACCUGCAAGUGUAGAAGGAGUUUCUCACAAAAAGGUCAUCUUAAGACUCGCAUGAGAGUUCACACUGGAGAAAAGCUGUUCACAUACGAUCAGUGUGAAAAGAGUUUUACACAAAAAAAAUGGUUUUAUGUCAUCAGUGAAAGGAGUUUCAAAGACAGCAAAUGCCUGAAGAAUCAUGUAAAAACUCUACGCUGGAGAGAAGCCUUUUCAUGUGCGAUCACUGUGGGAAAGACUUGGGCAAACAAAGCAAACCUUGAGAAUCAUUUGUGA